AUGAGUGUUCUCAAGCAGCCGCCGGUCCGAGUGUCAGGUGAACUGAACUUCAGGUUGAGUGCCUGUAAUCUCUCAGAGAGAAGCUGUGAAACUCUGUCUUCACUACUCAGCUCCCAGCCCUCUAGUUUGAGAGAGCUUGACCUGAGUAACAAUGACCUGAAGGACUCUGGAGUGAAAGUUUUGUCUUCUGGACUGAAAAGUCCAUAUUGUGAACUGGAAACACUCAGGCUGUCAGGCUGCCUGAUCACAGAAGAAGGUUGCAAGUCUCUGGUCUCAGCUUUUAGCUCCAGUUCUUCCCAUCUGAAAGAGCUGGACCUGAGCUACAAUAACCCAGGAGAGGCAGGAGUGAAGAUGCUUGAGCAGCUAAAACUGGACACUCUGAGGUAUGUAGAUGGCCCUUACAGCCACAAACAGCGUCUGAUAGAUGAGGAAACUGGCUCUGUCUGAUUACUUAAUGCUGGAAAC